AUAAUUGCAAUAGCUGUGAUUUUUUAGUGAAGACAAACGCUCCCCGCAAAAAGUAUGUAGUUUUGCUCUAAAUUUUUCUUUAGUAUUUUCUUCAUUUUCCACUAAACAAAUCAGCCCAGAACCGUGCCUGGAGAUGGCUCAAAAGGGGACCGACAUGGAUUACCUGGCCCUUUAUGAACUGCUCCUGGACAAAAAUAUUGAACACCAGACUUUUGAGGUCAUCUGCUCGACGAUCCAGAAGAAAUUCGCCAAGGCGGACUUUCUCAGAGUGGGCACUCUGCUGACAUUGCUGAUUCGUCAGGGAGAUUUUCCGGGAAUCAUUCAGCGACUCAGUGGGUACUAUUUGCUGAUAGAUUUGUUCAAGGGUGAUGGGCAGAGUGAGUCUCCUUUCCUGGGGUUUUUGGUGGGGCAAUUUGAGUCAAAAGACACGGCUCUGACGAAGCUGAAUGUGAUUGAGAGGAAUUUUCUGGGGCAGUUGCUGUCAUCGGGGACGAAGGAAUUGAGUAAGCAGACUCCGCAGCAGAUUCUGCAGGCUGAUCACUUUCCCGUGUCCCAUGAUAUUUUCCAUGCCCGGCAUCAGGUCCUGGAGAAGGAAAAGGAACUUCCGGUGUCUGUGAGAGCUAGUUUGAUGAAUGCUGUUCCUGCUCCGGCCGUUGGGGUCGCCGUGGAGGCUGAGUCGGCAAUGAAGGAAUUGAUGGAGGGCCUUCUGAAGCCGGAUACUCCGUUGAAGAAUGGUCUGUCGCCGAGAUUCUUCACUGUGGCUCCGCCCCUGCUGCCCUGUGACGAUGAACUGGUGUGGUUCGAUGCCACAAAUCCUGCCUGGCAUCGACCGAUUUAUGACAUUACCAUGUGCUCCUCCACGAAUCUCUGCUGGGAAGUCAAGAGGCUCCUUGCCCAGGCCUACAAGCAAGCUCUAACCAUUCCGGAUCAGCAGAGACUGUCCAGUGCUCUGGAACGGGAUCCCAAUAUUGUCUAUCACAUCGGAUUGACUCCGUCUCAGUUGCCCAAUCUUGUGGAAUUCAAUCCAAUGGUGGCCAUUGAGAUCCUCCUGAAGUUGAUGAACUCCACACAAAUCACGGAAUACUUCAGUGUUCUGGUCAAUAUGGAACUCUCCCUGCACUCCAUGGAGGUGGUCAAUCGUCUGACCAAUUCCGUCGAUCUCCCUUCGGAAUUUGUCCAUCUCUAUAUCAGCAAUUGCAUCAGCACGUGCGAAACCAUCAAAGACAAGUACAUGCAGAGUCGACUCGUUCGUCUGGUCUGUGUCUUCCUGCAGAGCCUCAUCCGGAACAAGAUCAUCAACGUCAAGGAGCUCUCACUCGAAGUGGAAGCCUUCUGUGUGGAAUUUGGGCGAAUCCGGGAAGCUGCCGGACUGUUCAGACUGCUCAAGCAAAUGGAGAUCUGUGACACUCAGCAGACAACCCUGGGCAGCAGAAAUUCACCCCCGCAUCCAUCCUCUCCCAAGGAAUAGCCCCCAAAAAAAAAACAACUCUGACUCACAAA